AUGCAGGCGAUGACAUUCUGCAAGGAGUGCAACUUCAUGUUGCACCCUCGCGAGAACAAGGAAGAGGAACGGCUGGAAUACGUGUGUCUCAACUGCGGACAGUACAGCGAGACGCCGGACACUUCGUGCGUCUUUCGCCGCGUGCUGCAGCACAGCGAGCAAGAGCGGACGCAGAUCCUGCAAGAGGGCGCGGUGGCGGACCCGACGCUGCCGCGCACCAGGAGCGUCCGCUGUCCGAAACCCGAGUGCGGACACCGCGAGGCGGUCUUCUUCCGCGUGGGCGCUGUCGAUCCUUUGGAAGCCGUUUCGCCCAUUCCUUCUGGUCGUUUGCUUAUCUUCAAAUUCGCCGCUUCUUGUGAGAGGGUCGCUCAGUAUGCGAGGAAGACGUAA